AUGACCGAACUCACCGUACACACAUCGUUACUCUUCGAUCCGAAAUUGAAGAAAAAUCGCGAAAAUGUAUCCAUUACGGUGGAUACUGCUAGUGGUCUCAUUGUUAAAGUCUUUGAACGUGAUGAUGCGACCAUACCGUUUGCGCAGACCCUGAAUGAUGGAGAUGUCGAUUUACGCGGGAAAUAUGUGAUGCCCGGGUUAGUGGACGCCCAUACUCAUAUAUUUUUGCACUCCUACGACGAAGUUGGCGCUCUACAGCAGAAAAGAGAUGAAAGCAUGACCGAAAGAGUCGUUCGUGGAGUGAACCACUGUCGGACUGCGCUCCUUGCAGGCUACACAACAUAUAGGGAUCUGGGAUCCGAAGGAAUGCAGGAAUCAGAUGCCAACCUGCGAGAUGCCAUUGCUCGUGGAUUAACUCUGGGACCUCGACUUUUUGUCGCAACUAAAGUGCUUGCCAGCACCGGUUCGUUUGAGUGCCGCACAGAAAACAGUGCUGGUGGCCACUGUGUACCGACUAGCUGCGAUGCUGUAGACGGCGUUGAGCAAUGUCGGCAAGCUGUAAGACGGAGAAUUGCGGCCGGCGCGGAUAUCAUCAAAUUCUUUGCAGACUACAGACGAAGAAUCAUGAGAGCGCCUCCCAAGCAACAACAUCCUUACAUUCCUGGUGUCUUACACCCACCCAAAGACCCGAAUCCAGAUUAUAUGGUCUUUUCUCAAGAAGAGAUGAACAUGAUUGUUUCGGAGGCUGCAUUGGCAGGUGCCCCUGUGUCCGCACAUUGCUGCACUCUUGAAGGAGCACUUGCUGCUAUCGAGGCCGGUGCUAACACUAUCGAACACGCAUAUUUUACCACAGACGAGAUGUUUAAACAUAUGCUGGAGAAGAACGUCAUUCUUGUGCCGACGCUUGCCAUUGCGGAGAAGCUGCACACAAAACGUUUUGAUCAAAUUCUGCGCAAUGUCAAGCGUGCUCAUGAAUUUGGCGUUCGUUUAGCUUGUGGUGGAGAUACUGGAACAUAUUCACAUGGUGAUAAUGCUAGAGAACUCGAGUUGAUGAUUGAGGCUGGUAUUCCCGUGGCAGAUGUAUUGGAAUCGUGCACGGUGGGCGGUUGGGAGGACUGCGGAGGCGAUUUGUGCGGCCGACGAUUCGGGUGGUUCGAAGAGGGAACACAGGCAGAUAUUAUCGCGUUGGAUGAAGACCCUGCACAGCUCGCUGAUGCGUUGAGAAAGAUCAACUUUGUCAUGAAGGAUGCAAAGGUGUGGAAAGAUAAUGGACAGUCUCAAGGCAUCCUGUAA